UUGCAGUAACCUCACAGUUAUUGUUGAUAUUUACCCCAUUUCUACCCCAUGAAAAAUACAUACAUAUACAUACAAUCAACACGAUAAAAACAUAUCUCUUAUUUGUCAUUCACAGGUUUGUUUGCAAAGAUAUCUUCAGCUAUUUCCAGAGAGAAGAAAAAAUCAUGGACCAUAAGAUGAAGGAGAGGCAGAGGCGUGUGGCCCGAUCUCGACAAAGAGCACCGGCAUCUACCAUAAGGUCACCUUCCCCAUGGUCACCAGGUCUAGCCCCAAGGUUACCUUCACCAGGGAGGAGCUCCCAGACAGCUGCUCUGGCAGCGCUUGUUAACACAACUAAUUUGUCACUCGGGGCAUUGCGAUCUAAGAUUAGACGCAUCACAUCUCCAGACAAGUCAACCUGCUCACCAUGCAUCCCCAAGCAACAGGUUCCAAACCAGGCGAUGCCGUUAGCCUCGGUCCACCAUGUGGAACCAACACAUUCUGAUAAGUCAAAGGAUUCAAUUGAUGCUGGCAGUUUACUCUCGGCCAUUGGACAGCUGGAGACUGACCAGACAAAUGUGGAACUAUUACCCUGGGAAAAGACAGUCCACAGCAAAUCAACCCAUAUUCCCUCCGAAGGCAAGUCGAAAUUAUCAUCAUGCAUGAUACCCAAUAUUUUGUAGGAAAUCAAACCAGAUCCCCAGGAAACCAAUGCAGCC